CUCCUCCCGAGCUUCUGCCUGUGGGGCGGGGGGCCAGUUAAUAAACCCCCCUCCUGCAUCGAGCCUUGCCCUUCGUGUGGGAGGCACCGACCGUCCUGACACUGCUUUGAGUACCGCCUUGUUGAUACCGCCUCUCUCGCGUGCUGCCCGUUAUCGAUAUCGUGGACACUCAACUAAAGCAAUCUUUAACCUUAACCUGACUCGCUCCGCUGUUCAACCUUGACUUACAUCACCCACUCUCCCGCUCCCAGACUUACAUCAUACACCUUUUCACUCUCUUCACUCUGAACAAGAAGUGUAAGCUUCACGCGCUUCAGGUGUUAUCAGACAAAACAAGCCAAGUCGCUCGUUCCGCAAAAAUGAGGUUGUCAAUGGUCCUCGGCGCCGCUGCUCUACUCGUCCGAGAGGCUGUGGCGGAUAACUGCUUGACGGUCGCCCAGAACACCGUCCCCAGGUGUGCGCAAAACUGUCUGGCUCAGGCUGAGGUAUUCGGCUGCGCGGCGUCGGAUUUCGCGUGUCUUUGCGAACAGGAGGCGUCUCUGUACGCAGCUAUGGAGGGGUGCGUCGCCAAUGGGUGUCCGGCGAACAGCUUCCAGGCUGUUAUUGAUGGAGUUACUUCUGUCUGCAACUGCGCAGAGGCCAACUCGUUUAGACUUGAACUGCGCUCAGUGGGGUCAUCGUUCAGUUCUGGCUCAGCAACCCCAACGGUUUCUUCAUAUCCCAGCACAACUACCGUCCCGAAGACAACCGCGGACACAACGCCGCCUAUUUCCAUUGCGACCGCAGGUGCUGCCGCCAAAGCCCGGGUCGCCGUCGGCUUGGUGGGUGCUGUCGCUGGUGCGGUGUUGAUGAUGAUUUAAAGGGAAUCGCUCGGCUGUUGCAGUUGGAAGUUGUUCUGAGGAGCAACAGGGUGCACUAGACAUGGGAUACCUACCGCACUAACACAUGUGCAAACCAUUCCAUUCGACUUAAAAGGGAUACUAGAGUUCAUUACUCGGGGAAGAAUUCGGGGGCGGUUUAAAGGGGACGAAACUCAAUUCAUGGACCAUUGGCGAGAACUUCCAUCGGGAUAACCAGCCAAAUGCUGCCAAAGUCUCCUGGCUGGCGGCUGGAAGAUGCCGGCGAGGACGCUCCGUUAUAUACCCAAAUUCUUUAAGGAGAAAAACAUUUUGUUGUGGGCAAAUGUAACCUAUCUGGGAGGCACUUCGGCAUUCUGAACUACGGCCUGCCAGGUUGUCACAACAAGAAGACUAUAUACCUACUCGUACAGUACGUGGUUGCUUUGCGACGUUAUAAUGCUAAAUUACUACCGAG